AAACAGCAACCUUCCUUCCUUGUAAUAGCUGAAGGAGGGAGCAAUGAUGAAAGGGUAGAAAAGGAUUUACAGAGAAGACUUGCAUCACAACUGCAGAGGGAACAGCAGAGCUUUCUACAAAUGUUUGCAGUCUACUGACUAACACCUUUUCUUAAAAAUCAGAUUGUAUGCCUAUCUUCAGCUUCAGAUCAGAUAUGUCUAUCAUCACUAUUGUGGCAAUCCUGGUGUUCCUGACGAUCCCUGAGGGUAUUCUGGGGGAUCAUGGAGUGAACCAGCGAUGUCGAUGCAUCAGCAAGGAGAAACAACCCAUCGGACGUUACAUAGGAAAGGUGGAGGUGCACCUUUCCAGCUCCCACUGCAAAGAUAUUGAGAUUAUUGCCACUCUUAAAAAGGAUGGGCAAAAGAUUUGUCUGGACCCUGAUGCUCCUUGGGUCAAAAAAGUACUUCAGAGGAAACAGGCUCAAAGACCAACACCUUGAAGUACAAACCUUCACAGAAUUAGCUCAGAUGGAAAGAAUGACCUUUUAGAGUAACCACUGAAGUUCAAACUGGAAGUGUUAAUUUCACUGAUGGAGCACAAAGAUCACAUUUUUCUUGAUGGGAAAGAUUAAGCUCAAUAGGUUUCCUGUGUGCCAACGAGAAAUAUAGCAAUAUGUUAAACUUUUUUUUACUUUAGAAGAUCUAUUUUCUGUAAGCAAUUAUAACACUUGCAUUUCAAAUGUAAAGCAAAAUACAUAAUUGUAAAAUAAAUAAAUAAAUAAAUAAAUGUUACACAAUAUACAAUAUACAUGGCACAAUAAAUUGGUAUAUUUGCAGUCUGCUGGACAGAAUGAAAUUCAAGUGGUGUGUCUGUGUAUGAACUUGUGUUUUCAGCUUUGCUGUUGUUUUUUAUCGUAUCUUUGUUUGUAUGUUUUCUACAGGAGAAUUAUAUACAGAAGAUAUGCCUAUGUAUU